AUGGCAUCUGCCGGCUUGGCGUUCCGCCCAUACACAGUACAGGAAUUGGAUCCCGAGAUUUUACGCCACAAUUUGUGCGACCAACUGGAGGACUCUGCAGUGCGCGUGGUCUGUACCUAUACGGUAUCAAAGAGGGACAACCAGAAGCUUCAGCUUCAAUCUCUGCAACGCAAAGUCGAGGUCUACGAAGCAUUGCUCGGUGAGAUUCUCGCUCAGGCCACCAUCAAUGAGAGGAUCUCUGUCAACAAUAUCAUCAAGAAACACUUCACGGCAUCUCCGGAGAUAUUCUCGGAUAUCCUAGCUUCAGAGUCAUUGACGAAGCACUAUGUCCAAGUGCCCAACUCGAAGAUCUCGCUGGGCCAGAUGUAUCAGUCGAUGUCCGACAAUGCAAAGUUGAAACGGCCAAUCACCAAGGAUCCUCCAGUCCGAGUGAAUUCCAUUAAGUUUUGGACUUCAAUUGUCGAAAAUGACACCGCCAGCCACCUGUUGUCUUUCUAUUUCACGUGGGAGAACCCAACCUGGAAUCUGAUCGAUCUGGACAUGUUUCUCCAAGAUCUGGAGACCCACUACCCGGGAAGAUAUUGUUCUCGCUUGUUGGUCCAUAUUCUGCUAUUCUUCGGCUGUAGCUUUUCAUACAGACUCAACCGGAUUACUGAUCGACGAGAGGAGAAAGGCCUGGGCCAGAAGCUUUACGACCAAAUACAGCUGCUCUGGGAAAAUGACAAGGGGACCCCGGAUCUUCCUACAAUCCAAUCUGGGAUUCUACUCGGAUUGCUCUCCUGUACCUUCGGAGUCGAUAGACUGGGCACUCAGUUUAUCAUGAAUGGAGCAAAGUUUUAUCUCCAAUCAGGAUAUGAUACGGUUGAACACUAUAAUGAGCAUAGCGAGGAAGAAAAUCAACUUUCCUCCGCCGAACUGUCCCAGGAGAUGGUCUCGUGGGCGGUUUUCGAUAUCCAAGCACUCGCCUCGCAGGUCUACAGAAAGGUGUCUCAUUGGCCGGUACCUCCGCCACAACGCUGCUCGGCCCAACAGGCAGCCAGACUUGAUGAGGAUAUAGAAUGGAAGCCCUAUCCUUUCGACUUGCCGGUUUCUCGUCCACACUACUAUACAACCUUACGAUAUAGAAGUGCCCUGGCAGCCAUCGUGAAUGAGGUUGCGGCAUUUUCACUCAGAGUUACCGAAACUAUGACCAAGGACGACCAGGAAUAUUGCUACAUACUAUAUAAAAGGAUGGUCACCUGGAAAGCAAGCCUGCCUCCAGCUGUCUUGCCUGAAAGUAAUACCACUCCGCAUAUCCUCUGCUUACACUUUUACUACCAAGCAACUCUAAUAUCCCUGAGUACCCUGUUCACCACAAAAGCAAGCCCAAUCACAGACACCGGCGAACAUAACAAAAUCGACUUCGACCACGUCAAAUUCGAAGCCAUGGAAACAAUCGGCUCCCUUAUUCUAAUCUUCAAACACCGCCACGGCUGGAAAUCCAUCCCAAUCGUAAUGUUACACUACUUCUGUCUAGCCGGCGUACAUGCGACCUCCCAACUAGACGGGCACAACCCCAAAUGGGCCCUCGUCCUAGAAAGCUGCGUCGUCGGUCUAUGGCACAUGAGUCUCGGCUGGGGUCGAUUAUGCAAAGCCUUCCUCCGAACCAUUGAAUUGGUCCUGAAAUCCAAUGAUCCGGAUCCAUCCCUUGUUCCUAUCAAGGUGACAUCUAUUUUCAAGCAUUUGAAUAGCGAUAUGUGGUCCGCGACCGAUGUGGCUUCUCUUUCGGCGGAUUAUGUUGUACAACGGGUUUCUAGCAAGGCCAAUGUCCCGACUGCUGGGAGUGUUAGCCAUCAGACCUUGGAGGAUUUGAUACGGGCUAUGGAGAAUCUAUAA